ACCACGGUAUAUAGCUCAGGCGCACGUUCCCGCGCAAUGGCAGAAAACGAUGAUAAUUGUGAAGACGAGUCAUUUUGUUCUAGUUCUUCUGAUGUAUAUGAACCUAGUGAUGGUGCGUCUCAAUCAUCAAAUGAUCAACAUGAAAUUUAUGGCAAUAAAAGAAACAAAGAAAACAGGGAACAAUGGAAGAAAACCCUAAGGAAGAAGAAGUGAAAUAGUGGGGAAACUUACGCUAACAGUAAAGGGGAGACUGUCCCAGGAAAGACAUUUGUUGAUUUUAAUUGUUCAUGUAGACAAAAAUGCUGCCAAAAAUAAAUUGUGAGGAGAAAAGAAAGUUUUUUGACACAUUUUAUGGAAGUGGGUCUUGGGAUGUGCAGACAUCAAUAAUAUAUGGUUCAGUUAAAAAUGUUCCCAUCAAAAGGAAGCGUUCUAAAACUGACAAGAAGAAGUUUUCUAGGAACUAUUAUAUUCCUAGUGCGGAUGGAAAUGAUAUGAAGGUGUGCAAAAAAACUUAUCUAAAGAUACUACAGAUUUCUGGCAGCACUAUGCAUCAAGCCAUAGCCAAAGCAAAGACAAGCUCUUUAUGUGACCAGCGUAGAAAACACGUACCUCAUAAUAAAAGUGCUGACUCAGCUAUUAUUCACAUCCUUAAUCAUAUUAGUAGUUUUCCCAGUACAUCGAGUCACUACUGCAGAAGAGAUUCGUCAAAAAAGUACUUCGACAGUAGACUUGAUCUUAGUUUGAUGUACAGAUUAUUCAUUGAUAAGCUGAAAGAAGAAGAUCCCAAUGUUAAACCUCCCAGCCAAUCACUGUACGAAAAAGUAUUUAGACGAGACUUCAAUCUCAGUUUCAAGCCUCCUCAAAAGGAUACAUGUCAAACAUGUGACAGGCUAAACAAACUAAUUACAGCAGAGGAGACACUUAGAGCUGGUGAGGCAGACACUGAUAAGCUACGAAGAUUAAGAAAGGAGCAGGAAUUGCACCACAGGAAGGCUGAAGCUGCAAGAGAUUGUCUGAAAAGUGAUAUGGAGAACUCCAAGACAGAAGAUCUUACAGUUUUUUCAUUUGAUUUGCAGAAAGCAUUAUUGCUGCCAAAAUUGAUAACAGGUGUUGCAUACUAUAAACAUCAACUCUCCUGCUUUAAUCUUGGAAUUCAUGACUUUAAAAGUGGAAAGGCAGUAAUGCAUUGCUGGAAUGAAAGUAUUGCUUCAAGGGGAGCUGAAGAGGUAGGCUCUUGUGUAUUGAAGUAUGUCAAAUCUCAUGAUAUUGGUCCAAGGAUGGUAGUAUGGUCAGAUUCAUGUGGGGGCAAAACAGGAAUUUUAAAAUUAUGACAAUUU